GAUUUUUAAAAACAAUGAAUUAAGAAUUGUUUUGAUUAUUAUUUCAUGAUAAUCGUUCGUCUUAUUUUUUUUAUCCGAGCGUGAGUUCGAUGAUGGUCGAGCUUGGAGAGUUUCCUCAGUUUAGGGUAAAUUUAGGGCGUCGUUGCGGUAGUUUCACUAGAAGCAAGCGGCAGCACUGGUCAUGAACACAAACAAAGAAAAUACCCAAGCCCAACGACUAUGAUAAGACGAAGACAAAGAAAAUGGAAGCUAAUAACAAAGAUGCGUUACUAGUAGGUCUAUAUGCAGCAAAGUUAAUAGACAUUUGCAAUCAAAUGACUGUAAACAGAAAUCGUUUAAGUCAUUUGAUCAAAAUAUGUCGUCAUAUGAAGAAGAGGAACCAAGACAUUAAGAUUUUUUUAAGUAAUGUAUUGCAGAAUCGUGCCUCACCAAGUUGUUGGUCAUAUCCAAAAGGCAGCGAUUGGUGGACAACUGUUGUAAAAGCAUGGACUCCAGCAAAAUGGAAGGAGAAUUUCUGAGUUUCUCAAGAAACAUUUUAUUUUCUGUGUGCAAACCUUAAGGAAAUGGAGUGCCUAGAUACAAACUAUAGAAAAUGCAUUUCAUUGGAUAAGAGAAUUGCGAUAGCUCUAUACACACUGUCUUCCACAGUAGAAUUUCGGAGUAUUGCAAACUUGUUUGGAGUAGACAAGACAUCAGUUUUCAAAACACUGCACGAGUUUUGCAACCUGCUGAUCGAAAAGGUAGACUCAAAAAUAAUGUUUCCUGGAACAACAAAAGAGUUGUUAAAAAAAGCCGAAGAAUUUGAGAAUUUAUGGCAAUUUCUGCAGUGUAUCGGAGCGAUUGAUGGGACUCAUAUUAAAGUCAGUCCACCAAAGGAACAUGCAGUUGAUUACUAUAACUACAAAAGCUUUUAUAGUGUUGUACUGCUGGCAAUAUGUGAUGCAAAAUACAAGUUCACCUAUGUCAAUGUUGGUGCACCUGGGAGGAAUAACGACUCUGUGUUUCAAAACAGUGGAAUCUAUCAAAUAUUUAAUGUGUUCACUUUGUAUAGUGAACUGAGAAAAAGUUACAAUGGGGUUAAUGUACCUCUACUUUUAUUAGGUGACUCAGCAUUUCCACUUAUGCCUAUCUUAAUGAAACCAUUUCCUGACAGUGCUAAUUUGCCCAAUGAGAAAAAGCAAUUCAACUACCAUUUGUCUCGAGCCAGAAGAGUAGUGGAAAAUGCAUUUGGUCGUCUAAAGGCACGGUUCAGAUUCAUCAGCAGAAGAUUAGAACUAAACCUAAAUAAUGUAUCAUUCCUAAUUCGGGCUUGUUGCAUCCUACAUAACAUAUGUGAAGAACUAAAUGAUAACAUACAUGAUGAUUGGUUAAAUGAGCUGCAACAUGAGACUACUGUCAAUUCUGCUCCCACAGUAGUAGGGGAAUAUGAUCACUCAGCACAAGAAAUUAGAAAUGCACUUGUCAUGUACUUUAACAACUAAGAUAAGAUUUAUUUACUUACACAAACCAAGAAUGAAUAAUUCAGAUUU